ACAGGAGCGGGGAUACAGACCUCGACAGGCAGGCCAAGUACAAGCUAAGAAGAGGAAUCAGAGCUGCCAAGGAAAGGUACUCUGAGAAGUUGAGGAGCAAGUUCUCAGCAAAUGAAACUUCUUCAGAGUGGAAGGGCUUGCAAGAAAUCACAAGCUACGCUCCUUGGACAAUCGUCAGCUGACCAACGACCUGAACGAAUUCUACUGCAGGUUCCCUUCACUUGGUGCUCAUGAGAGAGCCAUGAUGGUGGUCUUUUAGGAGUUUCCUGUAGCAUGGCUGCUUUUAGAUCCCAGCGAGUCACAAGGUCGUCAGUUGGGUCGAACGGUUUGGACGAGAACUUCUGCGGGCGAACGCUGAGGAACCGGAGCAUAGUCCACCCUGACGACUCCUCCCCCCUCCCCCAGUUGAGGUCGCGAUCGCCGAAAAAGAAGCAGGAAGCCACGCCGCAGCCGAGGGGCGCCAACAGCGGCAAGGUCGGCGAGUGCAGGCAGCACGGCGCCCGGGAGCCGUGGGCCAGCCCGAGGAAGAGGGGGCUGCUGUGCUCGGACAAGGACAACCACGAGAAGAAGCUGCUGGACAUUUGCCAGCCGGUGUUGCCCGGCUUCAAGCGGGUGAAGCGAUGCUCGCGCUCGGAGCCCGCGGACAGCCUGGAGGACCCGUCGCCCCCCGCUAGGAACGAGAAGGCUCCCCUCGAGCGCAAGGGGCCGGCCCCCAACAGCGAUGGCGACUCCUCGCAGCUCAAGCGCGCCCGGCGCUUUCUUCUACUGGAUGAUUGUGACAAAAGGGAGAUCAAAAAGAUGAAGGACUUGGAUGGCGGGCACGAGGACCCGUUGCUGCUGAGGGAGGCAUCUUCACACAAAGCUGCCAAUGGGAUCAAUGAGAAAGAUAUUGCUGCUGCUGCUGCUGCUGCUGCCUCUUCGGAGCGUAGUGAGUGUGAACCUCUUCAUUUGAACCAUAAACCAAAACGUGUGGAUACGCGUGCACCCAUUUUACCCACAGACACUGUCAGCGUUAACUCUGGCGGUCAUUCCCUGCUGCUGAACGGCGGCAAGAUGGCCGCCACUUCAGAGACCAAUGUGCCUUCUAGAGACUCGCAGUGGGAAGACUGCGAGACAGUCAGUGACUGCCACACGGGCAGCCUGUCGCAGCGGUCCGCCGCGCUUCCCGCCACUGAGAACCCGCCGCAAAUCAGGGAAUCGGAGGAGGAGGUCGACGUGGUGGGGUACAGUUCGUCCCUGUCGAAGGAGCAGUGUUGCGGCGCGGGCCCGGACGCGACGGCCCAGGACGUGGGUCCCCUCGCGGGGGCGUCCGCCGCGCCCGACUCCCCGUUCGAGUCGCAGGAGCACAGGUACGCGCUGAGAACUUCGCCCCGGAGGGCUGCCGCCGGCAAGGGCAGCCCUCAAAAGACGUGCUCGUCCCCCCGGGACUGCGGGCCGGGGGAGGAUAAAUUCCCCAACCCCGGCGGCGACUGUGGGCCGCCCGCCGGAGCGGCGGUGGCCGCGGACAGGGAACGCUGUGCGACAGUGGAGGAGGGAGACUCUCGAGCUGGACGGGAGCCGGACGAGGCGGGGGGAGGCUGCUGCAGUGGUGACCUGCCCGACUCGCCCGCACAGCGCGGGCUGCACAGAGGGCUCUUGCCUGCCAGCAGGGAGAAUGGCAGCCAGCUGUCUAGAGAGGAGGAAGAGGACGAGGAGCCUGACGUGUACUACUUUGAAUCAGACCAUGUGGCACUGAAGCACAACAAAGAUUACCAGAGGCUGCUGCAGACCAUCGCUGUGUUAGAAGCCCAGCGGGCUCAGGCCAUUCAAGACCUGGAAUGUUUGAGCCGAUUCCAGAAGGAGGGACUGAAGGAACCCAUAACGUUUGUUGAAAACCUCCAAAAGAAGGUUGAUAUGGGUCUACCGUGCCUCCAGCGAGUGGUUCAGCUGCCCCAGAUUCCAUGGGACCAUUACACAUCGGGAAUUGGACAUUUUGAUAAAGAAUACAGAAAUAAGAAACACAACACACGGAGGUUAAAACUCAUCUUUGACAAAGGAUUGCCGCUGAGACCAAAGAGUCCCCUGGACCCCAAGAAGGACCCAGAGUCGUCUUCAUCAUCGUCGUCUUUUUACUCUUCAGUGUUGCCUUUGAGUGAUGCCCCCGAAAUAAUGCUAUCAAACAGUCGUUCACAGGUAAUUCGAGGAAGGAUUUGUGAUGACUCCAAGUCGGAAACAUUUAACCAGCUAUGGAGUGUGGAAGAACAGAAACGAUUGGAGGAACUGCUGCUUAAAUACCCCCCGGAAGAAGUGGAAACGCGGCGCUGGCAGAAGAUAGCAGACAAGUUGGGCAACCGAACUGCCAAGCAGGUUGCCAGCAGGGUGCAGAAAUACUUUAUUAAGUUGGCUAAAGCUGGGAUCCCCAUUCCAGGAAGAACACCAAAUGUGUACCUGCAUUCAAAAAAGACUUCAAGCAGACAGCAGCACCCUCUGAACAAGCACCUCUUCCGGCCGUCCACCUUCAUGACGUCGCACGAACCCCCGGUCUACAUGGACGAUGAGGAUGACAGGGGCAGCUUCUACAGCAGUCAGCUUGACGCUGCCGCUGACGAAGAGAUCUCGGACGAUGAAAGCAUUCCACCCUCCUGCCGCCACUUGGCCGAAUACAAAGAGUUGCUGUGCCUGAAGAAGCUGAAGAGGCAGAAACUGGAUCUGAUGCAGGCGGAGAGUGGUUUUGUACCGCACAUCGGGUACAAGGUGGGUCGAAAUAGUAGAGUCAAACAGCGCGGAAACAGGCCCUUCGGCCCAACUUGCCCACACCGACCAACAUGACCCAUCUAUACUAGUCCCACCUGCCUGCGUUUGGCCCAUAUCCCUCGAAAACCUGUCCCAUCCAUGUGCCUGUCCAAAUGUUUCUUAAAUGUUGCGAUAGUCCCAGCCUCGACUCCCUCCUCCGGCAGCUGG